GCUCUGCAAUCAAUUCACAGCUAGCUGUGACAGAGUACGGUUGCAGCUAUCGAACACUAUGGGCGCUCAACGAAAGACUGUUGGCAGCUGUCUGCUCUUACUCCUCAUAGCCAACAUCUUAUGGAGCACAGAGAGUGGAGUUGGUGCUUCUUAUUCGCCUAACAGUGUGCUGGAGAUACAAUUGGGCGACCUAUUGAUCGAACAAUUCAAAUACAUACCCACCCUAGGGGGCUACGAGUAUGGCUACACUUUGCCCAAUGGCACGCAUCGCGAUGAGCUGGGCGAGCUGCUCAACGCUAACUCCACACCUGAGGAAAUAAGGAAUGCCAACAAUUAUGCUCGUAACGCUAGGCCAUCACGGCGUCCGGGUGUUAAGAAUCGCAAACUCUCGCCCAAAUCUCUCUCAUCGCUAGCUGGUUAAGUGACAGAAACAGAAGAAGAGAGAGAGAGAGAGAGUGAAAAAGAGCGAGAGAGAAAGAAAGAGUGAGUGAGAGUGAGAGAGAGAGAUAGAGAGAGGAAGACGUGAGGCUUCUCCCAUUAUUGUUUGUGAAAUUUUAAGCGCGGUUUUGGUAAAACUUUUAAUAGCCAAUAUUUGUUAUGUUUAAAGCUUUUUAGCUACAAAUGUUUUUAGUGCCUAAACACAACAAAAAGCAAUUCAAUAAAGUAUUGAUU